GAAAAUAGGCAGUGUAAGAACAGCCACACCAAAUGCGCCCAGGGCAGAUGACAACAUGGCAAAACAGAAAGCGCAUGGCACAGACAUGGAUGUUUGGUACCCGAACAUGAAGGGAUUGUAUACCGUUUGCAUUACCUGCUCUACACCCAUUACUGUGGAUGAAAUCAGGAGUGAUUUUUGCACCGUUGGCAACAUACGUGAAAUAAACCAAAUUCAAAGCUAUGUGUUUGUGAGAUAUGGCACCGUGGCUGAAGCUGAAGCUGCUUUGAAUAUAUUGGGUUCAAAUUAUAUAGUCUCCAAAGGACAUGAACGGCAACAAGGCCAGCCAAACUAUAGAGAAAAUAGAAAAGACUACAAAAGACCACAAACAUCACCUGCGAUUGGCAAGACGAAAUAUACUCCAACACAGGAGCUGGUCUCUGAAAACGCACCAAGACAAGUCGUCACAGGUCUCAAUGGAGUCGACUACGAAAGCCAUGAUGGUACAGAUAGCGACGGGCCUCCAGGUCUGGAGAGAAUCGGCAGCAGUGACGAUGAAUUAUCCGAAGAAGAGGCGGACAACGCGGGUGCAUCUGGCUGCAACUGGGAUGGAGUCAGAAAUUCCACACCAGCUCGUUUCACAUGCUCACCUGACUCCACUGCCAACCAUCAGUCAGCUGCUCCGCCAUAUGUAGUUCCAUCAACGAACCUCAACACGUCGGAAACAAAAAGCGUCGGUAGAAGACCUGGUGGAACCACUGAUAAACGGAUCGUGCAGCACAACGCGGAAUUAAAUGUCAGUGAGAGCCCGCAUACCGGCCCGUUAUGGCCACAGGAUAGCUAUUCAAGUGAAAAGCAGCUGCUGUUUUGUACGAAUCUUUCUGACAGCACAAGUGAGGAUCAGCUGCGACAUCUAUUCCGAGAGUAUAAUCCAACUUCAAUAACAAUUAAUCGACCUCAACAACCAGGAGACAUGUAUUUUGCGGUCAUCACAUUUCGAGACCCGACGGCUAAGUACCUGGCGAAACAGGCCAUUGAUGGCGUGUUGAUCAGCGGUCAUAUAAUCGAAGUCAGUGAUGUCUUGCCUACCCCUCGCCACCAUACCAAUUACGCGGCACGUGGCAUUGAUCCCGAUACUUUGACAGGAACUGUUUCGAAGCUGCAGCUGCGUGAUUCUGCAUCAUUCGGUGAUAGCCACCGGCACUCCAGAUUAUCUUCCGGAGAUUGGAGACAUGAGCCUACAAGUGGUGGCUACCAAGAGAGUACACAGACCACUGUGCCUCACACUAUGCUUGAUGAGUUCUACUAUGGCAUGAUGAAGUGUUAUAAUAUGAACUAUGACCCUAAGAUCAUGAAGACCUUGCCAUAUAGUUUUACCGUCGUGAUCACUCAUGUCGAAGAUGGCUGUCACUUUUGGGGACAGAUCAUGCAUGAAACAACCAUGGGUGAUAUAAGUGAAAUACUGAGUUUGCAGCGUGGUCUAAAUAUGCUGCAUGAAAAGCCUCUCCCCAAAAAUGUGAAAUUUUGCGCUGCCCCCUACAUGGAUGCGUGGUUCAGAGCAUACCCUAUACGGGCACUGCCAGGAGACAGAACUGAAGUGUUUUACAUUGACUAUGGAAACACUGCAGUAUUGCCACGAUCUGAGCUAAUAAGCAUUCCCAUCCACUUUAUCAAGCAGAUUAGACCUUUGGCGGUACCCUUCAAGUUGGCAGAUGUAAGUGAGAAUAACAAUAUCGUCAGGCACGUGAUGCGUGACAUGAUGAAUACCCCAGGUAUCAGAGUAGAACUGGUCCGACAUGCUGCCAAUGAGACUUCGCAUAUUAUUGAGGUCAAGGCAUACAGCAGCCUGCCAGGCAGACGACACAUGGUCAUAAACACUAGCGCCUAACAGAUCUCAUCCGGCAGCGUUAUGAUCCAAUUGUCAUCGGAUCAUCCUACGAAUCAUGGUCUUCGGUCGUGUUGUAUGCGAUGUCUUAAGGAAUUGCGUGUAAUAAGUUGUAGUGACUGUGUCCAGCAUCUGUAGCCAUCGCAUCCGUCAGGCCAGAUCUUUAUGUCCGUAAUCAGUACAUCGAUUGUCCGCAGCCAUUUCAUGCGUUCAGCAAUCAUUGGCUUUCGAUGGAGGCUUCGUCUGUGAACAGCUAUUAUGGUGAUAACCAUGCUCGUGGGAUCGGGGGUGCAUAAAAACAAAAACACAAAGUUUUUAUUCAUUUCUGGUUGUUUUUUUAAAGUAAAUUAGUAAGAUUAAUCUACUUAAGGCUAAUAUUAUAUUCAAUAGAAAUUAGGCUUUGCAUAAGUAGUAUGAUAUUUGAUUGGAUCUUUAUAGUUCACAUGCUAAUAAAGUUUAUCCCAGUUAGAUCCAAAUUAAGUUAAAAAUAACUUACACUG